AUGGUCAAAAAAACAGAUCUUAAGAAAUCGGAUUUAUUGAAAAUUCUCAAUUCUUCAUCCUCUCUUAGAGAGAAGAAUAAGGCUGUUAAGCUAUUGAAGAAGUUUGACCCUAAUCCUAAGAAACAUUUGGACUCAUCUUUUCAACCUAAUCAGGCUACAGUGACUAAAUACUCAUCGCUACAGUCAUUUAUGUGUUGGAGGUGUGAUAAGAUUAAACAGACGAUGACGAAGGUUAAGUGGGAAACCAAGGAAGGUAGGAAUAGUUUAUUUUUUCAAUACACACAGGAUUUUGGUCUGAAGUAUAUAUGUACAACAUGUUACACAAAUCUGGCUACGUAUCUAGAAGUGGCUAGAGUCAGAAACCUAAACACAAAUUUCAAAUAA